AUGCCGUUAAAGUCGGACAUCUACGACCGUGCCCUCCGUCCAGGUGUAAAAAGGUGCAGGAGAGGAGGAGAGGCGGCGGCCUCCAACGCUGCUUCUGGCAAACUUUUGAGUCUUGUCAAUCACAGUCAACGCGCCGCACCUGGGUUCCGGAAACCCGUGCUGCGCCUACAGAGGUGCUUACGUUCCACAGGUAUUGUUCCACUUCUAUCAGAUAUGAGGAUUGUGCUGCUAGGGGGGAGAAGAAUGGGGAAGAGUUCAUCAGGAAACACCAUUCUUGGCAGAGAGGAGUUUGAUACUUCAAUAAGAACAGCUGAGUGUGUGAAGAGAGAAGGAGACGCACAACGGACAGGAAGACACAUCACUCUAGUGGAGGUACCAGGAUGGUGGAAUAACUACACUAUCAAGCAAACUCCUGAAGGUGAUAAACGAGAGAUUGUGCUCAGUGCAUCUCUGUGUCCACCAGGACCCCACGCUCUACUCCUAGCCAUUAGGAUUGAUAUGAAAUUUGAAGAGGCCAUCAAAAAAACAGUGCAGGAACACCUGGAACUUCUUGGUGAGAGAGUCUGGGAUCACACCAUACUGCUCUUCACAUAUGGAGACAAGCUAGGACACAAAAGUGUGGAGCAGCAUAUUCAGGCUGGAGGCAAGGCUCUUCAAUGGGUUGUAGAGAAAUGUGGGAACCGGUACCAUGUCAUAGACAACAAGAAGAGUGGUGGUGGCCAGGUGACAGAGCUGCUGGAGAAGAUAGAAGAAAUGGUGGCAGGAAACUGUGGUCAACUCUUUGACUUUGAUCAAAACAAGCUGACUAAACUGAUGGAGAAGAAGAGGGAAGAAAAUAGAAGAGCAGAGGAGAGGAAGAGGAAGGUGCGGAAACAGAGAGAGACUCUCAGAUCAUCAGCAGGUGCUGUUCCACACAUUUCAGAUAUGAGGAUUGUGCUGUUGGGACACCGGGUUGGUGGGAAGAGUUCAUCAGGAAACACCAUCCUGGGCAGACAGGUGUUUGAUACUUCAGGAAGAACAGCUGAAUGUGUGAAGAGAGAAGGAGACACAGCAGGGAGACAUAUCACUCUAGUGGAGGCACCAGGAUGGUGGAAGAACUACACUGUAGAUAAAACUCCUGAAUGUGAUAAACGAGAGAUUGUGCUCAGUGCAUCUCUGUGUCCAUCAGGACCCCACGCUCUACUCCUAGCCAUUAGGAUUGAUAUGAAAUUUGAAGAGGCCAUCAAAAAAACAGUGCAGGAACACCUGGAACUUCUUGGUGAGAGAGUCUGGGAUCACACCAUACUGCUCUUCACAUAUGGAGACAAGCUAGGACACAAAAGUGUGGAGCAGCAUAUUCAGGCUGGAGGCAAGGCUCUUCAAUGGCUUGUAGAGAAAUGUGGGAACCGGUACCAUGUCAUAGACAACAAGAAGAGUGGUGGUGGCCAGGUGACAGAGCUGCUGGAAAAGAUAGAAGAAAUGGUGGCAGGAAACCAUGGUCAACUCUUUGACUUUGAUCAAAACAAGCUGACUAAACUGAUGGAGAAGAAGAAGCUAGAAAAUAGAAGAGCAGAGGAGAGGAAGAGGAAGGUGCAGAAACAGAGAGAGACUCUCAGAUCAUCAGCAGGUGCUGUUCCACACAUUUCAGAUAUGAGGAUUGUGCUGUUGGGACACCGGGUUGGUGGGAAGAGUUCAUCAGGAAACACCAUCCUGGGCAGACAGGUGUUUGAUACUUCAGGAAGAACAGCUGAAUGUGUGAAGAGAGAAGGAGACACAGCAGGGAGACAUAUCACUCUAGUGGAGGCACCAGGAUGGUGGAAGAACUACACUGUAGAUAAAACUCCUGAAUGUGAUAAGCAAGAGAUUGUUCGCAGUUUGUCUCUGUGCCACCCAGGACCCCAUGCUCUACUCCUGCUUAUUAAUGUAAGUGAGACAUUUACAGAUACACACAAACAAGCAGUGCAGGAACACAUGGAGCUUCUUGGUGAGAGAGUCUGGAAUGACAUCAUAGUGCUGUUCACGUAUGGAGAAUGGCUGGGAAACACAAGCAUUGAGCAGCACAUUGAGAGUGGAGGAGAGGCUCUGCAGUGGAUUGCACAGAAAUGUGGGAACAGGUAUGUUGCCUUUGACAACAAAAGGAGUGAUGGUAGCCAGGUGACAGAGCUGCUGGAGAAGAUAGAAGAGAUGGUGGUUGGAAACGGUGACUCUCUUCAAAAAUUUCCAGGGAGACAAGCACGGAGCAGAGACCGUCCACCUACAAGUUAG